AUGACGUCUGCCAGAGAUCCCUCCCCAUAUGUCAUCACAGUUUCCUCUGAUGAGGAAGGCGAUGAUGAUGACGAUGUUCAGAUGUUGGAGUUCCACAAACAGACUCAAAACCUUAUAGAGAAACCUGCUCCGAAAAUCGUGAAGAAGCUUUCUGAGGCAGAGUGUCCCAUCUGCUUCGAUUCCAUUGAGAACGCCACAACUACAUCCUGCGGCCACGUUUUCUGCUUGGAAUGUCUUCAGAAAAGUAUAUCUGCUUCUGCUGCCCGAGGCCAGACUCGCCGUGCUCGUGGAGUUGGUUUGUGUCCCAUGUGUAGAGAGUCUGUGCUGUUCAAAGAGACCAUUGUACUAAAAUUAAAGAAAAGAAUUUUCUUCGAGCCCUUUGAAAUCGAGAUGCAAGAAGACAGUUCAAAAACUAGCGAAGGCGGCAGAGACACUGGCUCUGGUAGUGAGGAUCCCUUUGAUAGCGACCUCGAUGAACUUUUCGGAAAUGAAACCACUCAGGAAUCCGAAGCGACGUAG